GCAAAAAUUACAUAUUCUUAGAGAAUAUGCUCUUUUGGAAUUUUCUGAUGUAGUUGCUAAAUCUAGAGUCGACCUUUACACAGAAGCUGCAUUAGAUUCAUUUGUAACUGGUAUUAAACAACCAUAUAAAUCACUCCUAUUUAACGCAACACCUACAACUCUUCAAGCUGCCUUACAAAUUUGUCGAAAAUACGAUAAUUUACAAAUAUAAUCGCAAUCCAAAGUAUUUACUAAACAAAAUGCCAAAAAUACUAACGCCAUUCAAAGACCGAAACCUACAAAUACCGUUCAAAAUACACCUAUGUGACGAUUCCCUUCAAACCAACAAUUUUACAAUCCGCAAUUUUACCAACAGCCACAACGAUCUAACAUCCCAACUGGCCCGAUUAACAUCAGACCAAAUUAUUUUGAUAAUCAAUUUCAAAGACAAAUUCAACCACGAAAACCUACUGUCGAGUUUCCCCCUGAAGAGACAACUCAAAAUUUUCCGAAAGCCCCAAAUCAAAACCCAUUGACUUAGAUCUCAAUAAUUAUGAGAACACACAUUUGCC